GCCGUGGCGUGCUCGUCAGCGUGUCGCUCGUGCUCGCCGUCGUCGACGUCGCCGCCGCCGCCUGCUGUCGUCGUGGCCGUCGUCCAGGCCGCAGGCCUGGGCGGCCCUGGCCGCCGAGUGAGCGCCCUUCGAUGGCCCGGGGCCGGCGCGCCCCGUGGGCAGAGCGCGGCAGCGCCAACGGCAGCGGUGGCGGUGGCGGCAACGCCAGCGCCAACGCCAGCGCCAACGCCAACGGCAGCGGUGGCGGCGGCGGCGGCAAUGCCAACGCCAAUGCCAACGGCAACGGUGGCGGCGGCGGCCGCCGCCACCGGGACAGGGGACAGGGAGAGGGACAGGGGCGACAGGGACAGGGACCCGCUGCCGCCGCCGCGGCCUCCCCUGGUGGCCCCUGCGCCCCCGCCGCGGCGCUCCCGCGGCAGCCGGAAGACCGCGAGGCCGGCUGGGCGAACUGCACCCGCUUCGACGAGGCGAAGCACCACCUGA